AUGAUAGUCAAUCUCUACUGGAUCACGCUUUUUGUUCUUCUUCCCGUCACAGUGUUGCUUAUGAACAGGAGCCUACUGGCCAAAGCAGCACGAAGUUUCCUCGCCAAAGCAAAAAGACACACAUCAGACACUCCACCACUAUCACCAACAGAUUCCGUCACAGGAGAAGAUGACCAUGAGCGAAUCAAAGACAAGGAAGCGCGGGCGUUCCAGAUCAAGUUUCUCAAGGUGUACCUUUUUGCCAUGGCGGCCGACUGGUUGCAGGGGCCAUACACUUACCCCCUCUUCAAGACGGAGUUUGAGUUUCCAGAAAAGACGGUCGCGUCACUGUACAUGACGACGUUUAUUGCUGCGGCAAUCUCUUCACUCCUUGUCGGGUUUCUGGCGGACAAGUUUGGGAGAAGAAAUGCCUGUCUAGCGUUCUGUCUCAUCCACUCGCUCUCGGCGUUGAGCGUGCUUUCGAAGGAUUUGAAAGUGCUGUAUGCGGGACAAGCACUUGGUGGAAUAGGGCUGGCGAUGCUCUGGACGGUGUUUGAGAGUUGGAUGGUGACUGAGUGGAACACUAGGAAGCUUGGAGAUGAGAGGCUAGGGACCAUGUUUGGGACCAUGACGAGGGCCAACUGCAGUGCUGCUGUGUUGGGUGGGUUGAUUGGCGAUUUGGCUGUGGAGGUGUCGGGGACGAGAAAGGGACCUUUUGUGGUUGGUGUGGUAAGUGCAUGGCCAUUGUUUGUGGUGAAAAAGGCGAAAUUAACGACGAACAUAGGCUAUUGA